CAGAGCCGCCCUUGGCGGAGCGUCUGUGCGGGCCCGGGAGCGGCGGCAGCGGCCGGAGCCCGGUGAGGCGGCGGCGGAGCUCGGAGGCGGCCCCAGCGCAGGAUUUUUCAUUCCCAAGGAGUGGCCGGAUGGAGGAGGAGGAAAAGCCCCGGAGAUGCCGCACGAGGAGGGGCUGCAAACCCAGCGCAGGGAGCUGCGAGGAGCAAAGACCCCCCCUGUGCCAGGAGGGCGGCCGGAGAUCCAGCCAGAGCUCCGAGCUGGUGGAGAAGGCUCAUGGAGGGGAGAAGCCCCACAAGUGCUUGGAAUGUGGGAAGGGUUUCAGCUGGAGAUCCAACCUGAUCCGGCACCAGGUGAUCCACACUGGGGAACGGCCCUAUGAGUGUGGGGAAUGUGGGAUGAGCUUCAGAGACAGCUCCAAUCUGAUCGAGCACAAGAGGAUCCACACUGGGGAACGGCCCUUUGAGUGCGGGGAGUGUGAGAAGAGCUUCAGGUGUAGCUCCAGCCUUAGGAGACACCAGGUGGUCCACACUGGGGAGAAGCCCCACAAGUGCUUGGAAUGUGGGAAGGGUUUCAGCCAGAGCUCCCACCUGAUCCAGCACAAGAGGAUCCACACAGGGGAGCGUCCCUAUGAGUGUGGGGAGUGUGGGAACAGCUUCAUCCAGAGCUCCGACCUGAGCAGACACCAGGUGAUCCACACUGGGGAGAAGCCCUACAAGUGUGGGGAAUGUGGGAAGAGCUUCAGAGACAGCUACAGCCUGAUCCAGCACCAGGUGAUCCACACUGGGGAAGGGCUCUACACCUGCUUGGAAUGUGGGAAGAGCUUUGGAUCAAGCUCCAACCUGAGGAAUCACCAGCGCAUCCACACUGGGGAGAGGCCCUACGAGUGUCCUGAGUGUGGGAAGAGGUUUCACACCAGCUCCAGUCUCCUCGUACAUCAGCGGAUUCACAGAGAGGAGAGGCCCUUCCGCUGCCCCGACUGCGGGAAGGGCUUCAAGCACAACUCACACCUCAUCAGGCACCAGCGCAUCCACACUGGGGAGAGGCCCUACGAGUGUCCUGAGUGUGGGAAGAGCUUCUCCAGGGGUUCUCACUUGACCCAACACCAACGGAGGCACCACUAAGGGAAGCGCUGCGAGUGCCCCGAGAGCGGGAAGAGCUUCGUGUGCUGCUCCAGCUCCAUCCCCCGUGGGAGGAUCGGCCUUGGAUGAUCCCCAGUGACCCCCGUUGGGCAGAGCCCUGCUGAUCCGUGGUCCUGGUGAUCUGUGUUGGGAAGACACCUGGCUGGGAUGCUCCACAUCUUCCUGGCUCCCUGUGGGCACCUGGAUCAAUGCAGGUGGCAGGAACAUCCAUCGAGACACAGACCGACAUUGGGAAUUCCUUGGGCAGAGCAGAUCUGUUGACUUUCAACCCCAGAAAAUCUUUUGCGUUCAAUCCUAUCAUCUGGUGGCAUCAAGGAAUACUGGAUGGUCUUGGAGGUCUUUACGAACCUCAGGGCGUCGCAGUGCCCGCUGUGCCGGACAGGCGCUGGCCACAGGCUAGCUCAGCCUCACACACUGUGGCGAACGCUCUCGGGUCGGGGUCGCAGGCUGGGCAAGCGACCUCCUCCCCGUGGGGUCUUGGUUCCCCCACACCAGGGACAGGACCAGUCGGAGUCGCGACCGCGGCGGCGAAGAAGGAGUCGUCUCUCUCAGGCAGGGUGGGAAGGUGACAUGGUCAGUAAGGUCUGUCACGUCCAGUAAAUGUCUUUCUUUGUCCUCUGUUGAAUCUGGCAGCGUAUCAUAGGCGCUCCUCCCCCUCUUUUCUCCCCCUUCUGCCCGGUCCGUCCUAUUUCUUUCAUCACGCUGGGUGGACCUGCGCUCCCUUUCUAUUUUUUUUGGUUGGGCCUCUGGCCCAACGACCCAUCUUCCCCGCCUCCCCCUUUUCUGUUUUUCGGCGCCUCAAUCUCCUCCUUUAAAGGACUUUGGGAUGCCCAAUGUCCCGCAUCUCCGCAGACGUAGCACCGCUGUCUGUUGGGUACAUAAGGUCUCCUUUUCGGAACUGGUGUCUCAGACGGCCGGGCGCCAUCGAGUGCAGCGACCUUUGGAAUCCUGCCACGUUGGUCUGCGUCCCCAGCCUGCGUGAAUGGCACUUUGAGCUGGCACACCCGCAGCAUCUCCUGGAUUGUCGGAGGAGGGUCUGAGGGGAGACUCAAGAUCACAGUUCGUGACAUGGCGUUAGCAUUUGCGAACGCCAUCUCCCUUAGAAUCCCCUCCCUCACCGAUGCAUCUGGUGCUUGUAUCUCAAUUGCUCGGGUGAGCCGCUCUACAAACCCGGUGAAGGAUUCCUUGGUCCCCGAACAAUCUUAUAGUAGGGGACCACUGGGCCGUCAGGCACCGUUCCAAAAAACGCUGUCAGGGCACAGUCCCUUAUUAUUUGGAGGGCCUUGAGUGGAAUAGACGCGGCUUGAUCUGCCGGGGACUCCCAAUGCCCCUCACCUGCUAGAUGUUCAAAGGUGAGGGCAUUCCCGUCCCCAUCGACCGUGGUUUCAGGGUCGGUGAGGAGACCUGGCAAGGCAUCUCUUAACAACUGCGUCCAUACCACCUCCCAGAGUUUGAACCCUGUGGAGUUCAUUUGACAUGAAAACGGUUGCCUGAGAAUCCGCUGGAACGACUGCGGUUCCGCCAAGAUCAGAGCGGAGAAGGCCCCUGAUGUCACCGAGACACACAAAGCAGUCACACGCAGACAAGAGAUUUUCGCAGAGGUUCCUCUGAUCCAGCUCCCAGCUGAAAGAGCGGAGAGGAGAGACCCCUUUGUUUAUUCUUUUACUUUUAUACAUUUUUGGGUCUAGCAGAAGAUUGGCUUUUUGGGGUUUCCACCCCUCAGCCUCAGUGGCCAGACGAAUUGUCAGUUACAAUUGUUUUCAGGUUAGAAAUAUGCAAACAAAGGACAGAGAAUGAAAAACAAAGGAUUUGUUUAUAUUACUUCUGUGGGAAAGGUAGAAAAACUGCUCUAAUAUUCUACAGUAACUAAAAGAUCUGACUCCAUUUAUGAAAAUCAAAAGGCUAAUAAAGAAACUCAGAAAAACCAGGGUAACACCUAAAAUAGGGGCUCUCCCUCCCAUAAUCUCGGUGGGCCUUGCACAGGUCGCGGAUGGUAGACUGUGGGAAGGGGUGGUGGAUAGCACGCACGUUGUGCCCUCCGCGGGAGCCCUUAUUCACAACCGGAGCGAGGGAUGGGACAGGAGAAAGCUGAGGCGGCUCUGCGGGUUUAGUUCCCAUCGUGGGAACCGGAAGGAGGGGCGUGGGAACCGGAAGCCCAAGAGGCCCGCCUUCCGAGAGGGGGAGUGGUUUGGGCAGAUGAUGAUGUCGUGGGGGCGGUAACUUGGGCAGGGCAGUAGGGAGGAGUUUUGGGAGGAGCUUUUGGGGAAGGCGGGGAGAAAGGAGGUGCUUCACGGGAAGGAGGAGCCGUGGGUAAAAAGGGGUUGGGCGAAGGGUUGGCGGGAAGGAAUGGGUUGAGGGAAGAAGAAAGGACGGGGCAUGGGGAGGACCGCGCCGUGCGGCCUCCGCCAUUUUGAGACCAGGGGAAAGGGGAGCCAUCUUGCGACUGGAUCUCGCCCUCUCAACUAAAACGAACUUUAGGUUUCAUAACUGGGGAAGGAAGGGACGGAGAGAACUCUCGAGCUGCCUGGCCAGGGCUACCCGAGAGGCCCUGAGCGGUCCGGCCAGGUGGGGGGAUCCGGGAAUCUUUGGGGAGCCUGAGCCAGCAGGCAAAGUUCCUGCUGCUCCCUUCAAGAUUCCCUUCUGGAGAUGAGGGGACUUGGGAGAAGAUGUAGGGGAACAGGGGGACAGUUGUCCGCAACCUGGCUGUUUUUGCACUCCUUUUUGUGACUUAAUAGCAGAACUCAGCUGUGCGGCCAAAUUAAAAUAUUUUGGGGCGUCUUUGUCUCCUGACCCUGCCAAUUGAACCAUUUUUCUCUCUACACCGCUCAAAACCAAAAUUUUGCGGAGUAGAUUUGGUCAGGGGACAUCUGAGGGAAGUGCAAAAAUAGCCAGCGGAUAAACUUUUUUAGCUCACCCUUAGAGAUCUUUAAUUGGGCGUUUUGAACAAUGGAAACAAAACUAUAAAACACACUCUUUUGGGUGACAGAGAGCUUCACACCCAUCUCUUUCCGGAACUCGUCACCCCCAACUGACACCCAGGCGGACCUAAAGCAAAAACCAGAAUCAACUGCGGAGCAACCUCCUAAAACCGAGUAGGGGCCCUCUUCCCACACACUCGGGGAGCCGCAAAACAAAACCGGUGGUCACAAAACCCUCACAACCUGCCACCACGUGGACUUGAUUCGCACCAAACUAAGAGGUUAAAUAACGAAAGAGAACUAAAAAGGGGUCCACAGGAGGGUUUCCAACAGGGGAAUGGGGCUAACCUCCCCACCCCCUGGGCUGCGCAGCCAGAAUCCCCUAAAAGGAUUCCUUCCCAAUUUGGGUUUCCCUCUCCCUGGGAAAAAAAAACCCAAAAGUAAGCACUGCUUUUGCAGAUACUUACCCCCUCCUGGAACUGGUAAAACCUGGGGUCGUCGGUUCGCCGCCUGAAGAGGACUCCGAGGGCGCUCCGGAGCUGUCCUCUUCUCCCCCGGUGUUGGAGUCCAGGGCAUUUCUUUGGUUGCCCUGGAGGGUCAGGGACCUGGGCAGGGGGUUCUGGGACCCCAGCCCAGAGCUCGGAGAGACACUGGAUUUGAUCUCAGUCCGUGGGAAAAACUUCCUACACUGAGAGAAGGUUUUCAGGCCACAAGAGUGUGAAAAAUAGUAGUUUAGUUUAUCAUAGGGUGAAAAAACAGUAAUUUUAGGUUCAUAGCAUGGGAGUGAAUGGGGACAAAAUGGAGAAUUUGGGGCGUUGUCUCCUUCUUCUUCAUCUCCUUCAUUCUCACUCCAUUUCAGUAGUAACGUGAUACAAGGUAGUUAAUGAGGAUUGAGUCAGAGUAAAGAUGACCUUUUUAGUAAUAGUGACAGACAUUGGUAAAAAAUAGUAAAUAACAAAUACGUAGUAAUUAGUAUAAAAGAUUAAGGACAGCCCAGCUCGGGGGGAGACGUGAGAAGUCCAUGCAGCUGCGAACAUCUUGUUGGACUCUGAGAGAAUUGUAAGGUAAGAAAUAAUAAACGAAAAAUGCAACCUUGAAAAAUCUAAACCCGAAGACUCCGUCUCUUCCUUCAGCUUAGCUCAGAGCUGUGCAGGAGAGAAAAAGACCCUGAAACCACCUGAAUGCCGGGGAAGCCCCCGACGCCCCGGGAGCGAGCUUCGGUUAAAGCCGCGUCCACGGGAGGUAGCGCGACGCCCAAGGACUGUUCUUCGGGCUCUUCGGCAGCUCCAAUCCGUGCCUGGUCGCCGGGGGUGCCCCACGUUGGGCGCCAGACGCGCUGUCGCAUUGUCCUAUCUUCUGGAGGCAUCAAGGAAUACUGGAUGGUCUCGGAGGUCUUUACGAACCUCAGGGCGUCGCAGUGCCCGCUGUGCCGGACAGGCGCUGGCCACAGGCUAGCUCAGCCUCACACACUGUGGCGAACGCUCUCGGGUCGGGGUCGCAGGCUGGGCAAGCGACCUCCUCCCCGUGGGGUCUUGGUUCCCCCACACCAGCGACAGGAGCAGUCGGAGUCGCGACCGCGGCGGCGAAGAAGGAGUCGUCUCUCUCAGGGAAGGGUGGGAAGGUGUUUUACUAAGUUUAGUCUGGCACGGAGCUCCGCCUCAGGUAACAGCUGCCCGAAGAGAGCCCCGAACAAUGCUGUGCACCGGCUUUUAAACAUGGGAGGGUUCAGGGGUGGUGACAACGGAUCAGGCAGUGAGGUGAAACGUGGGUGUAACAGGGGGUGUUAACCUUAAAACCGAGACCCUAUAACCAGACGGGGGUAGGGGAUUUCCCAGGCACCAGCCUAUCACUCGACGCCCUCCCCGGAUCUUUCCAGAAACCAGGGAAGGGCCCCGAAGUGACGGACAGGGCGCCCAAGAGGAGAGAGAGGGGAUUGACAGGUGGAGGUGUGUAGAAAUACUUCCUCCUGCUGCUGCUGAGGACUUCAGGACGGUGUAGACGGAUGUAGAUGAGAGAUCUCUGAAGCUGGGUUUUAGAAGAAGAGGUUUAUUGUAUGGGACGUGAGGCCUUGCUUGGAGCCACCAGGCGCAGCUGUGGCAUGGCCUUGGAAGGUGGGGGCAGUGAGAGAUAAAGAAAUUCCAAGAGCAAGAUGCAAGAGGCAAGAGAGAGGAGCAAAGGAGAAGAGAACAAAGAGACAAGAGAGAGAAGAAGAAGGGAGGCCCACUCUCGCAGCCCCCUGAUAAGGGGUCUCAAGGUGGGCUGUAACAGGGUUGUGCCAAUGGGGUUACAGAUACUUGAUACUUCAGGGGGGUGUUACAAGUGUGGGAUGAAUCAUACAUUGGGGGUGGUUUUCGCAGGCAUUGUCCUGGGGUGACUGUGUAUCCCCAGUCGUCUGUUGGGUGCAGGGGGGAGGGCAAGCACGGUUUGUUUUUCCCCAGGAAAACUCUGCUCAUCGGAGUGACCUUGAAGCGGGGGAGCUGGAACACGGCAAGACGAAAGAAGCUCUGUUGUUUUUUCGCCCCGGCAGUUAGUUAGUUUAGUGCUAGCGUAGUUAGACGCUGUAGAAUAGCUGAAGCUUUUUGCUUUUUUUUUUUUUCUUUUUCUUUUUUUGUCCUUUUUUCCUUCCUUUUUGCUUUUUUUGUCCUCUCCUCAGAACUGUUCCAACCUCUCCGGACUAAGGACCUGGGGAAGCACCGGGGGCCUCCAGAGGGGACCCACCCCACCAAGACCAGCCCUGCACAUCUCCUUUUCUCCCAGCGUCAGCAGAGACGGAGCGGUGGAGCACAGUGACGACCCUCGAGGAGACUUUCUUUAAGUUUGUUAUCCCUCCGUAAGCGGCACGAAGCUCUUGUCAUCGGGUAUUGU